UCAACUACUUAAUUAUUUAAUCCUUCAUUCUUCCAAGUGUCUUUUAACUCACUUACAAUGGCCGCCACUCUCUAUAAUGUUAUUUUUCAUGAUUCGAGCCUUAACGUCACUGUCACUAAAUGCGCUUCCGAAGUUGAUCGUUGGAUUACCGCCACCGUCUGCUACUACCGCCGAGGCGUUGGACUCUCCAACCUCCUCGUCGGCCUCGACAUCGAGUGGCACCCCUGCAAGCCAUGGGAGACGAACCCCGUCGCCACACUCCAGUUGUGCAUUGGGAAAAACUGCUUGAUUUUCCAGAUUCUGAAAAGAGACUUCAUGCCUUGUGCCCUGCGCCUCUUCCUCCGCGACCCCUUCAUCACGUUCGUGGGUGUUGGCGUCGAAGAAGAUGCCGAAAAGCUCUUUCGCGACCACGGUCUUGUCGUGACUAGGGUUUUGGAUCUGCGACCCAUGGCGGCGAGCGUUUACCGUUCUGAGGCGUUUCUGAAGAUAGGGUUGAAGAAGAUGGCGAUGCAAGUUUUGGGUGCGGCUAUGGAGAAGCCGUUAGCCGUCACUUUGAGCGAUUGGGACGCCGAAGAGCUGAGCUUCGAACAAAUUGAGUACGGAGCGACCGACGCGUUUGUGUCUUUUUUGAUUGGGAUGGAUCUCCUCACGGCGGCGCGGCGGCUUCCGAUGAGCCAAAUGCAAGGAAAGCAAUUUGGACGAUCACUUCCGCCUCCCCUCCGCCCAAUUUCACCAUGUUGCUAGAUUGAGUUAUAUCUUUAUGUGGGUUUUAAGAUUUAAUUUGUUUAAGACUUUUACUUGUUUUGUUGAAAAAAAUUGUUGAAAAAUCGAAAUCACUGUGAACUCCAACAUUGUUCGGAAUCUGGUCUUGAAUAUCAAUUCAGUGGAAUACGGAGUAAUGUUUUAGUAAAUCAAUAUUGUUUUGUUUU